CCGCGGACGCGGAGGUCUUGGGGUCGCGGUCUCCGGUCACGGCGCCCCCGCCGCGCCGCGGGCCCCUCCCCCACGCGCUCCGCAGGCCCCGCCCUCCGGGCGCGCUCCCUCCCAGCCCGGGCCGUCGGCUCCUCCCGCUCUCCCCCGCCGGCCAGUGCACCCCGCUCUUGCCCGAGGCUGUCGGGGCGAAAGGCUGGGCGCGCAGUCCCGGAGGAGGUUGGCCUCGGCCUCCGGGGCUGGGGUCCGGACCACUACUUUCGCUGUUGCCCCUCCUGGACUUCUUUACUGUUGCUUUCCCUUGCCAGCCUCGGAUGGUGGAGAAUUGCUUCGGCUCGCGGCUGCAAUGUGGAGGUGACUGUCAGUUUGAGGAUCCGGAGCCAGUGAGCGCCCAGGCCGGGGCCAGGUGAACGCCAGCCAGCCUGCGGGGCGGCCCGGAUCUCGGCAUGGAAGCGAAAGGCUUGGGUUGGCUUCUGGUCCCGCUGCACCAGCUGGUUUCCUGGGGGGCCUCCGGGGCCAUAGUCUUUGGAGGGGUGGUGCCGUACAUCCCGCAGUACAGGGAUAUCCGGAGGACACAGAAUGCGGACGGGUUCUCCACUCAUGUGUGUCUGGUGCUACUGGUGGCUAAUAUCUUACGGAUUCUCUUCUGGUUUGGAAGGCACUUUGAGUCACCCCUCCUGUGGCAGAGCAUUAUCAUGAUCCUGACCAUGUUACUGAUGCUGAAACUCUGUACUGAGGUUCGCGUGGCAAAUGAGCUGAACAUAAAACGCCGUUCCUUUACAGACUGUAAGGAUGAAGAGCUCAAAGCUGCCCCCAAGCGGUCCUGUCUGGACUUUGAUCUGCACCACUUCUGGCACUGGAGCAGCUUCACUGACUAUGUGCAGUGUGUCCUGGCCUUCACCGGUGUGGCGGGCUAUGUCACCUACCUGUCCAUCGACUCGGCCGUGUUUGUGGAGAUGCUGGGCUUUCUGGCUGUGCUGACCGAGGCCAUGCUGGGUGUGCCGCAGCUGUACCGAAACUACCGCCACCGCUCCACCGAAGGCAUGAGCCUCAAGAUGGUACUCAUGUGGACAAGUGGUGACACCUUCAAGACAGCCUACUUCCUGCUCAAUGGCGCACCCUUGCAGUUUUCAGUCUGUGGCCUGCUGCAGGUGCUGGUGGAUCUGGCUAUCCUGGGGCAAGCCUACACCUUCGCCCACCACCCCCAGAAGCCAGUACCCCACACAGCACACCCCGCCAGUGCCAAGGCCCUCUGAGGAGUACAGCGACGUGUGACUGCCAGCCUUGGGCACUAACCAGCACCUGUGCUCCCUGUGUUGGGGCAGAGUCCUGUGGUCCAUGCAGGAGAGUGGCCAUGGGCAGAGACAGACUGGGUGCAGGCUCUCCAUCAGCCUCUGGGUGGAGCACUCAGGACAGGUGGGCUGGGCCAGUAUUCAUGCUCGCCACCAUAGGUAUGGUGAGAGCAGAUCUCACGCCUAGGGCUGGCCCUCAGGUGUUUUUAAGGUGGUAGAGAAAGUGAGUGUCUUCCCUAUGUCCUCUUGAAAAACACUGGCCUGGCCUUGAAGUACUCAGUGACCUUUUUGGCCCAGCUCAAAGUAUAGCCUCCCUAAGUCUGGAGGAAGAAGGCUUUCAGCCCCAAAGACAGCGGGUGGGGAUCCCAGCUGCUGGCAGCCCCAUCCUCUGCCCACCUGCUGUGCCAAGCUGCAAGUCUGCUGUGCUUGGAGGUGGAUGCCGCUGGCCUGACACUUGUCACUGUAUUUUGUCCCUUUCAGUUUAACCUGAGGUCAUGCCAUUCUCAGCAGCCUUAUGCUGACCUGGCUGUUACUGGGCUACAGUUCCAGAUACUUCUGUGUGGCUCCUACAGGUGGCAUCUUCCCUUCUACUGGGCAGAGCAUCUGCCUCUGGUGCACAGGUCUCUGCAAUCAGCACCAAAGCUCCAUGUACCAAAGCUCAGCUACUGUGUAACUUGCCAUGGCUGGCAGGAAACCAUCCGUGCUGUCUCCACCUUCUGAGUUCCCUCAGAACUCUUGAAUGUUUGAGGCCCUUAGCUCUUUGGCUCAUAAAGAUGCUUUGAAAAUGUGCAUUUUUUUAAAUCAAAGGGAGAUGUAUCUAGUGGUUAUUCCCUCUAAAUUAAAAUGUCACUGAUUGCAGGCUGCAGAAUGAAUGUACUCCAUGUGGCAGCUUUGGGACAAUAAACUGCUUGUAGAUCCA